GAAAGGGUGUUGCAGUGCGUUCCCUCUCCAAGUGUGUGUUUUUUUUCUCGUCCCCCUCCUAUUUUCUCUGAAACUCAAGCACUUUCCUCCCUCCUCUUAUUACCACCACGGCCCCGAUGCUGUUGAGCCUCCCUGAUCACCUCAACCUGCCAUCCAACGACUAAAUCAUCAACCGAUCGAUCUCAACAACCGAAUCAGCUCACCCUCAGAACCACGACUCAGUCCAACCGAUCUCACUUUAGCCAAACUCACCAGUCUCACAUUCAUCCUCAACUCCUGACACACCGUAAACUGAACCAGUAUCCGAUCCACCUGUUGCCCCUCUUCGAAUGGCCGAGCCCCCACAGGACUCGGAUUGGCAAAAUUUGUCGGUCCCAGACCAGCUUAAUCACAAGCUAUGGAAAGCACGUCUAGCCGGAUAUGAAACUCUCAUCAAACAAUUCCAACUGGCAGAGGACGAGGAUGACGAAGUCUUCAAUGAUUGGAAUCGGGAUCACCAAUGGCCCCAUAAAGCUGUCACAGACUCUAAUGCCGUCGCUCAGGAGAAAGGUGUUCUACUGGUUUCUAUUUACAUACGCCUGGCUGGUCGAGCGGGCUCCAGAUGUCGGUCAGAUUGUAUAACCCCUCUGGUCGAGAAAAGUCUAGCUACCAAUGCUCGCAAAGGAACUCGAGAGGCCGCAAUCGAAUGUCUUCUGGGAUGGGCUAUGUCUGAAGCCGAUGGUGACAAAGCCGAAGGAAUCGUCAGCGCGGUCCUAGAGGGUUUAAACUCAAAGCAACCGAAAGUGGUCGCUGGAGCCGUUUCAGCCCUAAAUGCAUUAAUUUCUGCAUUUGGAGUCAGAGUCAUAAACAUCAAAUUGAUUCUCAAAGCAUUGCCACAAAUGUUUGCCCAUGCCGACAAAGGAGUUCGGGAAGAAGGUAGAUUACUGGUCCAAACCAUCUAUCAGUUUCUUGGUGCCGCACUCGAACCAUCACUGAGUGGACUCAAACCCGUCCAAGUCAAAGAACUACAAGACUCGUUUGCUACGUUAGACGCCGAAGGCAAAGGAAAAGGCACCGGCGUCCCAACGCGUGAGACCGCUGGCCAAAUGCGAGAUCGACUCAAACGAGAAGCACAAGCAGCCCUCAAAGAAAGCACAUCUGACAAUAACCCCGAGGGUGAUGACCCAGCUGAAGAUCGUGAAGUAGUGGAAGAGGCACCCGAUGACAUCGAUCCCUAUGAGCUAGCCGACCCAGUCGCCAUCCUAGAUCAACUACCAUCCGGAUUCUACGAGCACUUGGGGUCUAGCAAAUGGAAAGAACGCAAAGAAGAAGCCCUUGAUCCACUCCUAGCUAUCCUAAAACCAGCUAUCAAGAUCAAAAAUGACCACUAUGAUGAGCUGAUCAAAUCCCUAGCCGGCAGGAUGGCUGAUGCUAAUAUUCUAUGUGUCAUAGGUGCUGCAAAUUGUAUGGAGUGUCUAGCGAAAGGACUUCGGGCAGAUUUUGCGAAGUACCGGAGCUUAAUGGUCGUACCCAUUCUUGAAAAAUUCAAGGAGAAAAAAGUUAACGUGGUUGAAGCGUUGAGCAACUGCUUAGAUGCUAUGGCAGCCACGGUGACACUUAGUGAUCUCAACGAAGACAUUGUUACCUUUUCCAAGCACAAAAAUCCUCAAGUCAAAGAACAAACCAUGAAAUUCCUAGUCAGAUGCCUACGCAACACAAUACAUGCUAUCCCCAAGGCUGAGCUGAAGUCGCUGUCUGAUGUGAUGCUUAGUGGAUUGGAAGAUGCCGUUGUACCAGUGAGGGAGAUCGCUGCUGAAGGACUGGGGACUCUCAUGAAGCUAGUUGGUAAGGCGACAUUCACUCCUAUCAUUCAAGGACAAGACGAUCUGCGGAAGGUCAAAGUAGAGGAGUAUUACGAAAAGGCCGAAGUGAAAUACCAACCCCCGAAAGCUAAACCCAAAGUUCAGGCCGCAAAACCUGCUUCCAAGGCCCCCGCAAAGAAACCUGCCGCCAAACCACCCCCUCGCGUCAAAUCGCCAGCACCUUCCCCUGUCGACAACGGACUCGGUUCCUCCAUUUCUUCAAAGCCACCAGCCCGCCCUGCGAAGAAACCCACACCCUCAGCAGCCCCUCCCACAAAGAAGAGUAUUGGGACAGCCCCUGCUCCUGCUGGGGGGAGCGGGAACGCUAAGGCCACCGAAGAAGUUCGCUAUAAAAUGUCCCAAGACGAAGCAGAAGCAAGAGCACCCGACUGUUUACCCGCCAGUUUCAUCGAAGGGGUGGGGAACAGUCUAUGGAAAACUCGCCUGGCCGCCUUAGAAGAACUAUUGAGUUGGAUUCCAGAGCAGGCCGACGAAAUUGAAGCCGAGGUGGUUGUACGGUAUCUGAAUAAAAAACCCGGACCAAAGGAGAGUAAUUUCCAAGUCUGGCAGCGUGUCUUCUCCGUCAUCAAUCUACUUGCGGAACAAUGCCCGUCAUUCACAAAGGCAUGUAUGGCUUUGACAAUACCAUCCUGUUUUGAAAAAUACGGGGAUGGUAAGAUCAAAGAAGCCGCAGGGAACGCGUUAAUAACCUUUGCUGAGAAAUCUUCCUUGGGAUUCGUGUUAUCGCAAGCGUUCGACUCGAUUUCAAAGCAGAAAGCCGUCAAGAUCCAAGCAGAAAGCUUUUUGUUUAUAGAUUCCGCCCUCAUUGAAUUUGGCAUAAACGGCGUACCGGUCAGAAACCUGAUUGAAUGUCUCAAGACUGGGUUGAAAAGUGUCAACGCAGCCGUUCGGACAAACGCUACCAAAGCUCUAGUGACCACAAAACUUUGCAUAGGCGCUGAUAUCAGCAAUUUCCUACAAGAUUUGAACCCUCAGCUACUCAGUUCGAUUGAAAGUGAUUUUUCUAAAAUUGAGGGAGAGCGACCACCUACUCCGACGCGACAAAGUGUGGACGUUGCCCAGGCAAGUCAAGGUGAAGCCAGUGGGGCUAAGGGUAAAGGGAAAUCAGGGGCCUCUGGCGAUCCCCUCGAUGAAUUAUUUCCCCGAGUAGACCUCGAUCGGUUAGUUUCCAGCAGUACUAUCAAAGCCUGCGAUGACCCGGCUUGGAAAACUCGCAAAGAGGCGUUGACAACUAUUCAAGAUAUUCUGGAGCAAAACAAACGCUUGAAGCCUAACCUCGGACCUGAUCUAACGGCUUCACUGAAGCUGCGCUUGGCAGAUGCUAAUAAAGCAGUCCAGACUCUAGCUCUGGAUGUAGUUUCCCGACUUGCCACAGGGAUGGGCAAGCCAUUUGAAAGACAUGUCAAACCACUAGCCCCAGCGAUCUUAAAUAUCUUGGCCGAUAAAAACGCCACAGCUCGGAACAACGCCUUGAACACGUUGACCGUGGUUGCGGAUUCAUGCGGCUUGGACUGUUUGGCGCCCAGCGUCGGAACUUCUUUAGAGAUAGCGAAACCCGAGCUCAGGUCGUCGGCUCUAAAUUGGUUUGUUGAACGCCUGGCGGAUCCCGACGCAGUCAAAGGUUUGGAUCUGUCUACCUUUGCUUCGCCGAUCAUAUCUUGUCUGGAAGAUCGGAACGCGGAAGUUCGCAAAGGUGCCACCGCCCUGUUACCGACAAUCGUUAUAUCGGUUGGUAUUGAUUCGGUCCUCGAGGAAACCAACAAUUUGAAACCCGCUUCUCGGAAUAAUGUGGUCCCAAUGAUCGAAAGUUGUAGGCCGGCAGCGCCUGUCAAAGCACCCGUUUCUAAAGCGCCACCUAAUAAGACAGCCUCCAAAGCAGCACCUGCGGCCAGCAAGCAACAACCAAGGCCGCCAUCUGCCGCUAGUGUGCCCCGAGCCAGUACGCCGUCGCGUGACGACAGGCCACCUCUCUCGAAGUCCAGACUGGGAGCUCGGAAGCCUGCGGGCUCGCUUAGUGCCAAGCUGGCCCCUGUCGCUUCUCAGCCAUCAUCUCCCGCCGCCCCGGCUGCCACUGCGGAAGUCGCUUUUCGAUCAGGAGAUCCAAAGUCUAAAACGGUUCGUGCCAGCAAAGAAACCGGUCCCCUGAAGUGGGUCAUUGAUGGUGCAGUGCGCAAAGACCAAAUCGAACAGCUCUACCUACAGAUGGCUCCUCAAAUCAGCCCCGAGCUUCUCGGACAACUGUUUAGCAAAGACCAUCACUGCGAAAAAGAUUUCCUUGCUGGGCUUAACGUCAUCGAAACGUGGACAUCUGACCCAUCAACUGCUGCAGAACAAGUCAACUUGGAAGAAUCUGAUAUCAGGGACAGGCUAUUAGCGAACUCAGACCUUGUUUUCAAGUAUCUGACCAUUCGAUUACAUGACACCAAUACCACAAUCACGAUGAAGUGCUUGGAUAUCAUCGAUCAAUACAUCACGGCUUUACAACUUGAUGGGUAUCGUUUGACUGAUUAUGAGGCUUCAAUUCUGUUACCAAGCUUGAUUGGGCGAUGUGGGGAUAGCAAAGAAGUUCUUCGAAUUCGAAUUCGGACAAUUUUCAAGAAUUUGUGUGGUAUUUAUCCAUUUAGCAAAGUUUUCCAAAGCCUCAUCGAUCAUGGUCUUAAGGCAAAGAACGCUCGGAUACGUGCAGAAUGUGCCGAAGAGCUCAGCGCUCUCUUUCAAAGGCAUGGUCUCAAUGUGUGUCAGCCCGCCAAGGCUUUACCGCUAAUCGCCGCCCUAAUCUCUGACCGGGAUUCAGCUGUGCGCAACGGGGCACUUGCCGCGUUAGCUAGUGCCUAUGCCUCUGCUGGUGACGUGAUUUUGAAAUAUGUGAAAAACUUGUCCGGGAAAGAGCACGACAUGUUGACAGAGCGUCUCAAGAGGACAGAAGCUCCUGCAUCCCCCAAGCCAGAUCGUCUUCCUGUCGAACCUUCAGCUUCGCCUACUCCAAGAGGGCCGGCCGCCGCACGUCGAAUUAAACCAAGUGUACUACGUCGCCCAUCGGCCGCUUUUAACCCGCCUAGCGAGCCAGAACUCAAUGGCCAUCCCAAAGAAGCACUCCGAAAACCAAGCAGUUUGAUGAAAUCAACUUCAUCUGCAAUACCACCACCAACCAAAAUUCACCCUCCUGCUGGCCCUGCUCGCCAAUUAUCAUCACUUGAUCUUUCUCGGAAUAGCUCAGUUUCGAGUAACAAUAUCUCUAGCUCCAAAAUUGAUCCACGUCUCUCUCUCCGCCCUUCUACAAGCCAGGCUCAAAGAAUGGCGCCAGCAGCUUCGACAGACUCAGUAGUUUCAAAUGCAGUAAACCAUCCCGGUGUCAUCGGAGAGAUCUUGUCAAGCGAUGACAUUAGAAGUACAGAUGCACUCAAAUCGGUUCAGGCUGACAUUGCUGAGCAACCAGAUACACUUAUUUCUACUGCAGAUGCAAUCGUCGAUGUCAUUUCGACUCAGAUGAAGAUUUCAUUCGAAAAUCUCGACGCUUCCACUCCCCCCAUGAAGCUCCGACUUUGCAAACAUCUGAUGCAAACUCUAUCAACUCUCUUUGAUCGAAGUCAACUGGCGACAGCUGUUUCUAAAGAGUCUUUGGUUGGCAUUCUAGCCCAACUCACACAAAGACUACAAGAAACGGCUGAUAAUUCGUCUAGCGAACACAUCACCAGCUUAUCGAAAGUGUUAAAUAUGGUCUUGAUUAGAAUAUUCCACAAUGCAGAUCGCAGUGCAUGUUUUGGAGCACUUUUCACAGUUCUGAGAAUGACUACAAUCGACAUGCGCGAGAUCGAAGAUGAAUCUGAAUUGGGACAUCGCGCAAAGUAUGCGGAAUUGGUCAUGAAAUGCUUGUGGAAAGUUUCUAAGACAGCGAAAGAAUCUUUGGAGGAUGGGACAUUAGAUGUCUCGAUCUUAUUGCGAGAUAUAGAUGAAUUUCUGGUUUCCAUACCACCAGCCGAAUGGCGUCGACGGGCCAACGAUAAUGUGCCAUUGGCAGAUAUGCCCCUUCGGACUGUCAAAACGAUCUUGCAACAGGUGGUCACCAUUUAUGGGGAUGCUGUAUACGAUGCGGUAUCGGUUUUGAAAAACCCGCAAGACACGUUUGUGUAUCAAUACCUGUUUCGACUACUCAAUAACUCAUGGACGGCCGGUGGAAAUCCAUCAUCCAGUCGAGCAGGUGGCAGCAGUCGAACAAUCAUGUCAUCAGCUUCGGCAGGUGCGCGUAGCCCACCGCCAGCGUUUCCUAUCCCCAGACCACCUGACACUACAGGGCCUAGGCGAGAUUCUAAAUCAUCGGCUGCUUCAUUUGGCAGUACUGCCUUAUCGAAACCUGUUCCUGCAAAUGAGUCUUCAAGUGAGGUAGAGCUCAAUAAUCAUCUCACUGAGAUUUUUGCAAAGAUUGGCAGCCCCAUUGAUUCCAAAAAGGGCAUUUCUGACUUAUACCACCUCCUUAAAAUGCACCCCGAGGCACACAGCAAAGUUGACAAGUGGAUCAGUGCUACCGGAACUUAUUUUCAAGCUUAUCUCCGGAGAGCUUUAAACAAUUUGAAGGCAGACGAUCCUGAUUUUCCCAACGGCGGAGGGUCAGAAGGACUCAUGCCAUCUGUUCCUGCAAGCCGCCCGGCUACCGCCAACCUGCCUGUGAGCCCAUCUCUUAGCGCGUUUGGAGCCGACGGAGGGGCUGGAGGCGGCCGGAUUUCAAGGAGUCAAUCGCAGGAUGUCGACCUCACCCGCUUGCAAUCUUUGUUUGGUUUUGAGGCCACGACGACUUCCCCAACUAGGGCUGUUAACAUGGAAUGAGGAAGUCAUUGACGGAAAGCUGAUCUGUAGGAUUGAUAUUGUGGAGAUCUACUAAACUUUUAAUGCUUAUUGCCUUGAUUGAUCUGUUUUUCUACUUCAAUUGCAGUCUGGCAUUGUUGACUAGAUUGAACUUCUCAUUGGCUCCUCUUUCUUUCUCUAGGAAUUCAAUCCCAAUUACCGCUAAUAAUUAUUAUCAUCAUCACAUCCAUCCCAUUUAGUCUAAAUUAUGUUGAAUUAUUUAAUCCAUUCUCAUUAUCUUCUCAUUUGAUCCAAUCAUACAUAGUUAGUAUUACCCUUUUGACCUAAUGCAUCUCAGAAUUAGCCAAUAUAUGAUACAGACUUACAAUUUGCAUUCUUGCAUCUCACCUUGGGUUGUCAAUAGUUGCAAAAUUAUGCACAAAGAUAUAUGAAAGCCACUGUCUAUAAGAUAUGUUGUACUUGCUUGGUGAUGUUUCAUGAUUUGGUAUCCUUUGCCAAGGCCAGAUACUAUCAGCUGUGUGUGAGAACAGAGUAAAAGGUGAUU